CUGAACAAACCAAAUACAAGGAGGAACACCAGUUGUGUUGCAAGUAUAUCGUGCUCUUCAGGAUGGACCUUUGUCCUGCUGAAUCAACUGGCUUGACUGGGGCUGAAGAGGCUGAAAUAGAGACAAUCAGGAAGCACAGGCAGGAGCUUUUGGAUGACAUUGAGAAGCUGAAGGAGCAGAUUGCUGAGCAGAUUGCAGAGAUUGAGCGUUUCCAACGUGAAGAGGAGAAGCAAGUGGCAGACAGUAAUCCUGGAGAGCAGAUCAGCAAGCAGUCAGAGAGGGAUAAAAUUCUGUCCCUGGGCCGGAAGAAGUUCAACAUGGAUCCUGAAAAGGGGAUCCAGUACCUGAUAGAGCACCAGGUAUUGUCUUCAGACCUUCAGGAGAUUGCCAGAUUCCUCCACAAGGGUGAAGGCCUGAACAAGACAGCCAUUGGGGAUUACCUGGGUGGGAGGGACCCCACAAACAUUCAGAUCCUGCAGGCCUUUGUGGCAUGUCACCAAUUUGCCAACCUCAACCUGGUGCAGGCGCUGAGACAGUUCCUCUGGAGCUUCCGGCUGCCUGGGGAGGCGCAGAAGAUUGACAGGAUGAUGGAGGCCUUUGCCAACUGGUACUGCAAGUGCAAUCCAGGAGUGUUCCAGUCCACAGAUACCUGUUAUGUACUCUCCUUCUCUAUCAUCAUGCUUAACACCAGCCUGCACAACCCCAAUGUGAAAGACAAACCCCACUUUGAAAGGUUUGUGUCCAUCAACAGAGGCAUUGACAAUGGAGGGGACCUGCCAGAAGAGCUUCUAAAGAAUCUGUUUGAGAGCAUAAAGAACGAGCCGUUCUCCAUACCAGAGGAUGAUGGCAACGACCUCACCCACACUUUCUUCAACCCUAACCGUGAAGGCUGGCUGGUGAAACUAGGAGGGCGUGUGAAAACCUGGAAACGCCGCUGGUUCAUUCUGACUGAUAACUGCCUGUAUUACUUUGAAUAUACCACGGACAAAGAGCCUCGGGGCAUCAUUCCCUUGGAGAAUCUAUCAGUCCGGAAGGUGGAUGAUCCCAAAAAGCCAAACUGCUUUGAACUCUUCAUUCCCAACUGCAAAGGGCAGAAGAUCAAAGCCUGCAAAACAGAUGGGGAUAGGAAGGUGGUUGAAGGCAAGCAUCAGUCCUACAAGAUCUCAGCAGCCACUCCAGCAGAGCGUGAUGAGUGGAUUGAGGCGAUACGGACCAACAUCACACAGGAUCCUUUCUAUGAUCUGGUCUCUGCCCGUAAGAAAAAGAUUGCCAGCAAAAACUGAACCAUGACCUGGCCACGGCAUCAGAAAGGUGGAGGUUAUUGGACAGCUUCCUUCUCACACUGGGCUCUUCCAGUGAGGAAAUUUGGGAGCUUUGGUUCCAUCUGCCUCCCACCUGGCAGGCAGAUGACUGACAGAACAGCUUGCCCUCUGCCUCUUCCCCUUCCAAACUGAAGGCAGAGGCGCAGGGUGCGAUCCACUGAGGACUCAGAACUGUGGGCAGGGAGUUGCCCAUGCCCAAACAUAAAGGCUCAACAGCAAUUGGCCUUUGGGUUCUCCCAUGUAGGCCCAGACAUGUGGGACAGGACUUGAGAGGAAAAAGGAAUGUCUGCACAGUGUCUCCAGCCCCUCCUGUUGUCACACCAGGCCAGGGUAUUUUUCUGUGAGGGACCAUGUAGAUUCUCUUGGAGCUGAGCAUCUCC